UGCUAUAGCUUUGAAAUGGAAAGUUAUAUUGUUUCUGUAGAUGUAAUACAGACAGACUACUGCAGAUGGCGCAUGAUAGCAUGNUUAGUGGCGNUUUAAGUGCAUAGNAUAUAUUUGCUGCGUUCAGCAGAACAAGCCGUNUUGAGCGCNAUUGGCGCUUACUUUUANAACCUUNAAAUCAANGUCGCGUAUUGGCAAGACGAUAACUCAGCAAUUGUUCUGCUGAACACAUUGGAUCUGCGAUUUUUUUAGACUUCCCGCCUUGAGUCGUCACUUUGUUCUUCCGCUGGACGCAAAGCGACGACUUUUGCCUUCAUUUAAUAAGAAUUUUGCAUGCAGUAUUGUAUCCAUACCCGAUAGAGUGAAGAUACUAGAAAUAUAUAACNAAAACAACAAUGGAUUAUUAUUCAGACUCUAGCGACAAUGAAACAUCUAGACAAAACACCGAAUCAUCUUUAAGAAGUGCAUCUUCUGUCCCAUCGAGUGGAAUACUUCAGGUACACUCAAGUAUAUUUUCAACUCGUUAUGGGAUUCCUUUUAAUAUCUACAAAAAUGCAGUAUAUAUUAGCACUUCAGCGGAACAGUUUACACAAUAUAUGGCUAUUGCUAUACUUCAAAAACAAGAUUUUGAAAUAAUCCGUGAAGAAAUGGAAAAACGUGGAAAACGGAAAACUCUAACUCAGGAACAAAUCGGUCGUAUUUGUAGAAAAUUGAGCAAUUCCAAUUCAUUCUCGAAAUUGAGAGCAUGCGUGGAGUAUUGGAUGCGAACUGAGAUGAAAUGGAAUGACGAAUGGUUUCUUUCUCAUCAAAUCAAUCGUAUUAUAGAAUAUGUUAACAAUCUGUUAAAAAAAAAGUUUAAAAACCGAGAGGAAAGAGGUGUGAUGCCAGAACCAUCAAACGGAUACAUUGUCACCGGUGACUCGGGUGACAAUGUAUCCCCCAGAAGAAAUGGAAUACUGCUGGCGACAACGUCGCGUACCUUCGCAAUUCGUCAAGAGAUGUUUCUCCCCGAUUUACAAUAUCGUGCCGAUCGUUAUAGCAUCUUCAAUCCUUCGUUUGCAAUGGUAAGGACCAAGCAAACUGCUCGCAAAUCUAUCGGAGAAAAGGCUCCUCGCAAACAACUGGCGACAAAGGCAGCUCGUAAAAGUGCGCCUGCAACUGGAGGCGUAAAGAAACCUCACCGAUAUUGUUCUAAAACUGUGGCGCAUUAUCCUUACCAGAAGUGCACCAAAUUACUGAUCGAGACGCUGCCGUUCCAACGAUUGGUUCGUAAGAUUGCUCGCAAUUUCAAGAUCAAUAUAUGCUUCGAAAGUGCAGCUAUAGCGGCUUUGCAAGAAGCGAGUGAAAAUUAUCUCGUCGGUCUCUUUAACCGUUUUAGUGCCACGCAGCGCGAUCGCGCUGUUCGCGUGCUGUAAGAAACUGUAUCGCGAUGUUCGAUCGCGAUCGGCAGUUAGCAACGCUCUCGGUUUGGAGUGUACCUUGUCGCGAGUCUGUCAGACUUCCCUCUCGU